AUGUCCUCCGUUACCACUGGCAGCUCUUUCUAUGCUGCAGUGUUAUUGGUGCUGUUGUUAACAGUUACGCAAUGCGGAAACUCCAAGUUUCCAAAUCUUCACUGUGACAAUGUCUGGGAUGGGCCCAGUGCUCGAAAUGACCCUCUUACGUGCAUUAUGGAUACCGACCGUAUCUUAGCGCAGUGGCGUAUGUUAGCAAUGCCUGCUCUCUGUGCUUUCCUUUUCGUGGCUGUGUUAAUUGCUUUCCCCAUAUCUUGCUUUCUUACAUGCCUGUGUUCCUCCCGUUGCAAGCCUUCCUCUAAGGACGGAGGUAAGGAACAACGUUGCUGCCUUUGGAUGUGGAUUAUGUUUGCUUUAAUAUGGGCUUUUGGUGUUGCUGCAUUUGUGUUCUUUGGGGUGAAGCAGUUGUGGGCAACCUCAAAUUAUUUUCUCGAUGUAACAUUGAUGAAUCCGUUGAAUGUUGUGAACUGCACUGCGGAAAAAGUUAUUGAUUUUGCGUCUAACUGGACCUCUGGAAAUAGAGAGCCAUACGCUGAUGGUGUUGAUGUGAGCUUUUUCUAUGAUAUAUCGGAAAACGCCGUUCGUGUUGUUGAAAUGUUGAGAGGUAGAGCGGGAGAUUAUAUUAAGUUGUUACCUGUUGUUUCUUAUGCGGUGGGUUCCGUAUGUAUUGCGUUGAUGGCUCCGAUGGUUAUUCUUGCUUGCUGUCGCCGAGGUCCUUUGAUAGUGCCCGAAUGCUUCGCUUGUGCAUAUUUCGUUUUCGGGCUUGUUUUUUCAGUUGGCGGUGCUGUUUUGUUCCUGUUGAGCUAUGCUUCUUCAUCUGUGUGUGGCGAGAUUGCACUUCACCGUGAGCGAAAGCCUGGCAUUAUCCAGUGGUACGGAAUCCCAUUAUGCAAUAGCAAGUUUCGCCCUGAUGCUAUUAACAAGAAAGUGACAGACGCGGAGAUUGGCAUUUGUAGGGAGGCUUGCAAUUAUUUGCUUGAUAACUGUGAUAAUCUGGAUAUGCGUGGCCCAAGUAUGAGUCGUUUUUCGGGAUCAAGUGUAUCUUAUGAUGGUUAUGUGCCUUCUGGUUACCUCAAAGACAGAAACGGUAAGCCGAACACGCGAUCUAGCGACAUAUCCCCUGACGCCCCUGCUUCUUUCAUAGCAAGUGGGUUUGUAAGUCAUGCGGCAGCUAGGAAUGUGGGUGGUACUUUUCCCGUGAAGGUUCUGACUUGUGGAAAGAAUAUCACCUCAUCCGAUGAGUGUCCAAACUUUGGCAUCACAGCAACAGUACUGGAGGACACACGGGUGAAGGCCUUCGUUGGUUCAUGCCCUACUCCCGGAAAUUCUUGCACGGUAGUGGAGUGUGCGGCCAAUUGUACGGAGGGCAGGGCAAAGAACGUCUCUAUCGAAGUCGUACGUGUGGCUGCACGGUCGCGUAACGUCAGUGUUGCACUUUCAAUAGGUCGACCGCUGCUGGAAUGUAAUUUUAUGCUCGACAUUGCGCUAACUGCCAUGCCGGACUGUGAAGAUAUAACGCCGGGUGUCUUCAUGCUUUCCGUCGGGUUUCUCCUUGGAAGUCUGAUGUUUGCGGUCGGGAUUUAUGUCAUGCUCCGUGGUUCUUGUGUUUGGGGUAGUGCCAAGACCUCGCCGGAGGCUUCUUAA